AUGAUGUUAAGGAUAAGUAGGUGCAAGACCCUAAACCUCAAAACACUCACCGCAUCAAGUGCAUCAAGAUCAAUAGUUUCAAAACGUUUUGAAUCAAACACCCCUUCGCAAGCUACACCAACGCCAUCCGUUGCAGAGCCAAAGGCAAGCCAGCUAACUAAGAAAGAUUUACAAAACAACGAGUUUGCUAAGCAGGCACCAAACAGAGAAACUACAUGGUCGCAAUCGCAAGAGGAGAGAAUCGAAGUUAUUUCGAAAUUUCCAUAUAGAUUUACACAACGUAACUUGGAACAGCAACCAAGACCACAUGCUGCAAUUGACUUGAUUGCCCAAGAACCAGUAAGAUACUUGACAGCCGAGCAAGGUAACAUUGCAGUUUGUGACGGAAACAAAGGUUCUACUGUACAAGGACACCCUAAGGUGUUUAUCAAUUUGGACCAACCCAAGCCUGCCACUUGCGGAUAUUGCGGAUUGAGGUAUGCCAAGGAAGAAUUCAAGGAGUUGAUUGAAGGUGAGAGUGAAGGUCCCCAACAGGCCCAACAAGCUUAA